CCCUUACUGCUGGACUAACUGGUGGUAUUAAAUAGCUGUAUGUAAUGUACCCUUACUGCUAGGACUAACUGGUGGUGUUAAAUAGCUGUAUGUAAUGUAAUGUGCCCUUACUGCUAGGACUAACUGGUGGUAUUAAAUAGCUGUAUGUAAUGUACCCUUACUGCUAGGACUAACUGGUGGUGUUAAAUAGCUGUAUGUAAUGUAAUGUACCCUUACUGCUAGGACUAACUGGUGGUGUUAAAUAGCUGUAUGUAAUGUACCCUUACUGCUGGACUAACUGGUGGUGUUAAAUAGCUGUAUGUAAUGUACCCUUACUGCUAGGACUAACUGGUGGUGUUAAAUAGCUGUAUGUAAUGUACCCUUACUGCUAGGACUAACUGGUGGUGUUAAAUAGCUGUAUGUAAUGUACCCUUACUGCUGGACUAACUGGUGGUGUUAAAUAGCUGUAUGUAAUGUACCCUUACUGCUAGGACUAACUGGUGGUGUUAAAUAGCUGUAUGUAAUGUACCCUUACUGCUAGGACUAACUGGUGGUGUUAAAUAGCUGUAUGUAAUGUACCCUUACUGCUAGGACUAACUGGUGGUGUUAAAUUGCUGUAUGUAAUGUACCCUUACUGCUAGGACUAACUGGUGGUGUUAAAUUGCUGUACUGCUACUGCUUACUGGAUGACACGUAGUGAGGAAUCCCCCUGUAUGGACAUUCUACUGUAGAAGGAUGACACAUAGUGAGGAGGUAGUGAGGAAUCCCCCUGUAUGGACAUUCUACCGUAGAAUGAUGACACAUAGUGAGGAGGUAGUGAGGAAUCCCCCUGUAUGGACAUUCUACCGUAGAAGGAUGACACAUAGUGAGGAGGUAGUGAGGAAUCCCCCUGUAUGGACAUUCUACCGUAGAAGGAUGACACAUAGUGAGGAGGUAGUGAGGAAUCCCCCUGUAUGGACAUUCUACCGUAGAAGGAUGACACAUAGUGAGGAGGUAGUGAGGAAUCCCCCUGUAUGGACAUUCUACCGUAGAAGGAUGACACAUAGUGAGGAGGUAGUGAGGAAUCCCCCUGUAUGGACAUUCUACCGUAGAAGGAUGACACAUAGUGAGGAGGUAGUGAGGAAUCCCCCUGUAUGGACAUUCUACUGUAGAAGGAUGACACAUAGUGAGGAGGUAGUGAGGAAUCCCCCUGUAUGGACAUUCUACCGUAGAAGGAUGACACGUAGUGAGGAGGUAGUGAGGAAUCCCCCUGUAUGGACAUUCUACCGUAGAAGGAUGACACGUAGUGAGGAGGUAGUGAGGAAUCCCCCUGUAUGGACAUUCUACCGUAGAAGGAUGACACAUAGUGAGGAGGUAGUGAGGAAUCCCCCUGUAUGGACAUUCUACCGUAGAAGGAUGACACAUAGUGAGGAGGUAGUGAGGAAUCCCCCUGUAUGGACAUUCUACCGUAGAAGGAUGACACAUAGUGAGGAGGUAGUGAGGAAUCCCCCUGUAUGGACAUUCUACCGUAGAAGGAUGACACAUAGUGAGGAGGUAGUGAGGAAUCCCCCUGUAUGGACAUUCUACCGUAGAAGGAUGACACAUAGUGAGGAGGUAGUGAGGAAUCCCCCUGUAUGGACAUUCUACCGUAGAAGGAUGACACAUAGUGAGGAGGUAGUGAGGAAUCCCCCUGUAUGGACAUUCUACCGUAGAAGGAUGACACAUAGUGAGGAGGUAGUGAGGAAUCCCCCUGUAUGGACAUUCUAGUGAAGUUCUACAUUGAAUGUGUUGUUUUUUAAUGUCGGAACACCGUGAGAUUCUUUCUGGUUGUCCUGGAUACCAUUGUUAUGGUGUCUGUGUGCAGCAGGAAGGAACUGAAGAGGUUGUUUUGUGAGCCAAUAAUAACUAGUGUUAGUGAAAUGACUGGAUGUCUUUCUUUUUCCCUCUUUCUUUUAUUUAACCAUUAUUUUAUUUAGCCGUUAUUUUAUUUAACCCCUAUUUCAUUUAACCCCUAUUUCAUUUAGCCCUUAUUUUAUUUAGCCCUUAUUUUAUUUAGCCCUUAUUUUAUUUAACCCUUAUUUUAUUUAGCCCUUGUUUCAUUUAGCCCUUGUUUCAUUUAGACCUUAUUUUAUUUAACCCUUAUUUCAUUUAGCCCUUAUUUCAUUUAACCAUUAUUUUACCAGGUAAGUUGACUGAGAACACAUUCUCAUUUAAACCAAUGAAAUGGGGAAUAGUUUCAGGGGAGAGGAUGGGGGAUGAAUGUGCCAAUUGUAGACUGGGGAUGAUUAGGUGACCGUGAUGGUAUGAGGGCCAGAUUGGGAAUACAGGUACCUUAGCAUAUGCUACUGUACCUGUAGACUUCCAGUCAUUGCGCUAAUGCUAGUUACCAGAAUCUCUCUGUAUUCCUCUAAAGCCACACUGUAACAUGGAUCUGAUUUGGAAUAAAUAUGUGGAAUCAUGU